UUUUAUCCCUUGUCUUUCCGGGGCUCUCGGCACAUCAUUCAUCGUCCUCUCAGGUGCUGACCAUGGCCGGAUCCUCUGUGAACGACUGCGCCGCGGAGCGUAUCGGAUACAUCACCCGCGUCCAGAGCUUCAGCGCCUGUCACCGCCUCCACAGCGUUCACCUGAGUGAUGAGGAGAAUAAAAAAGUCUAUGGAAAAUGCAACAAUCCUAACGGUCACGGACACAACUACAAAGUGGAAGUAACAGUGCGUGGAAAGAUUGAUCGUCUCACUGGCAUGGUCAUGAACCUGACAGACUUGAAGAAAUGCAUUGAGGACGUCAUCAUGACUCCACUGGACCAUAAAAACCUGGAUAAGGACGUCCCUUACUUUGCCAGUGUUGUCAGCACCACUGAGAACGUGGCUGUUUACAUCUGGGACAACAUGGUGAAGGUCCUCCCGCCCAACCUGCUCCACGAGAUUAAGAUCUAUGAGACAGAGAAGAAUGUUGUCAUAUAUCGAGGAGAGUAGUAGACGGAGUGUUGACGUGAUGAGCUCUGGAUGUGUACAAGUGCCAUUAAUUGCUGCAGGUGAAACUUCACUGUUUGCUUGCAGAUGACUGCAGACUCCGGUUCAUUAGACUGACACAGGUUUAUGAAGGGUGACAGAUAUUAAGGGGUUAAUAUUGAUACUGUUGCACUUUAUCCACUGAAGAUUUUGUAGCAUAUUCAAAUGUCCAGUAUUCUUGUAGAAUUUGUAUUCUUCUUAAGGUGGAAAGCCUUGCUCAGAAGUAAUUCCCAACUAUUUUGGCUUAUGAACACAGAAAUGUUCAGACCCUAAAACACUGUGUGUCUGCAGGUUUUAACCAAAGAGUUUGUUUUCCUUUGUUUUAUUUUGUUUGAAUCCUUCUUAGAAAACCCCCAAAAUUACUUAUUCUUUUAUAGCAGAAAUGUAUUUUUUCUGCCUCCCUAUCCUGUUUAUCAUUUUACAACCACUCAGAUUUGUCUUGUGACCCCCUGUGGGGUUGGGACCAAUAUGAUGGAGACCCCAGAUUUAGACCUUAACAUGUUAAGCCAAACUACUAAUGCAGGAUAUAAAUGUAUUACUUUUUUUAUCCACCUGCUUUUUAGUAAGUAAGUUCCAUUUAUUAUCACAAUGCUGCCGCCCCCCCAGUAUGGACGAGUACACUUUAAUUUUACUAACAGAGCAACAUCUGUUACUGUGCAGACAGAUCAGCAGGAGCUGCCAGUCACCACAUCACUGAACUUUACUGUGAACAAGGUUUUUAAAAGGUUUUCUAAUUUAAAACCAGUCACUAACAAAAUAGUAAUCAGAAUGAUGAGCUUGAACAGAUGUUUACGCUCAGACCUGUGGUUCAUCAGUCACACUGUGACAUCAAGACAAACAGUGACAUCUAGUGGUACAAAACUGUACACGUCUCAACUUGUUGCUUUAAACCUGACUGUGAAGCAGUGUUCGAAGUGCUGACAAGUAAUGGUUUCUUACAAUAAAA